GCUGUUUGAUCAAAUGGAUAAAAACAUUAUGAUACAUUGAAUCAGUUAGUGGAAGCGUUGGUAAAAGUUUCGAACCAACGCGCACCCCUACGCGGCAGAGCUUUUGCGCAGCACCGCCAUUGCCUCGUCGAACUUCGAAUCUUCUACCUCGCACAAAGUAGCUGGCUUCUCGUUUGAUUACACCUUACAAUAUCGUAUUCUGAGACGUGUGAUAAUCAGUAUGUAUGAAUAUCCGGAAGCAUUCGUACCAGAUCUCCGACUUUUCUACUAAGUACAAUAGUGAGGUGUGAUUUAUCAACUUUUUUGAACUUUUCUACAACCGAAUAUCGUGCUGCAUGGCACUCGCCAGUCGUUCCCGCCUUUAAUCGGCUUCAUGGGCAAUGAAUUAUCACGUCUUCUUGAUAUUUCGAUUUGGGAUAGACAUUUCUUUACUUCAAAGCGUGGGUUUUCUCAUGUUUUGGCGUCUGGAUACAUCACUUACUUGGCGGUUAGGAUACCGGGGUGUGAUUUCGUCGAAGAUACGACAUUAUUACAAACUCAGAGCCUACAGCACACAGCCGAGAAGGAACUCGAAGCUUCUUCAAGCAGAUCCCUGAUCGCUAGACUUUGGGAGCAUUUCUUCGAUUUCGAUCAGCAGAAAUGUUUCAAAUCUGACGCUGCUCACACGGGUAUAUAGCGCGAGGACGAGGAAUUGCAUGUUACAUGUUUCCAUGUUCCAUGUUCCAUGGUGUGCAUUAACUAGCGUGACUUGCCAUCUUGCAAGGCGCUUUGAAAACUUGACUGAUAUUGUUAAUGGGACGAUGUAAUGAGAGGUUUCCUUUCAGGAAUUUGAAGAGCAAUGAAAACCCAAGUUUCCCAACGAAA